AUGCCGCCAAAGACCAUUACGGAGGAGAUCGACGACGACACCGACGAUGAGAUCAACAGUGAGACCGACGACGACACCAUCGGCGAGAUUGAAGACGAAGACGAAUCUGGCACCUUCCCUACAAACGACGAGCUUAUAGCAAUCGCAGAAGAGGAUCCCACGUCCGCAGCAGGGCUCGCAUACCAGACUCCCUUUGGCGCUUUGCUCUGGCAAUUGACCCAUCGUCACAACACCCGCGAUCGUGUUACACGAGACCUUAUUAGCAGUGUUGGUACCUAG